GGGAGACGCGCAAAACAAAGCUGAUACAAGGUAGUUAGCAGAGAGUGCUUUAUUACACGGGAGAAAAAAAAAAGUUGGAAAAUUAAUAGGAAAUGAUACUUUUUCCUUCACGAACGACAGCUGUGAACCAAUAAAGGCAAGGGAAUGAUGAAAAGGCAGUACAAAAAUGAAGAAUGCCAGUGGCGAGCCAUUGCAUGAGUAAAGCAAGCGACCAGGGCGGAGCGUUGCCAACCACGGUGGGGAGCGGGGGCCGUUUCGAAGGGAGCUGGGCCACCGCCACCCAGCUUCCCGCGCCUCCGCCCCACAGCCGCCGGGGGGGCGUCCCGGCCCCGGUGCCGCAGCACUCCCUUCCCCGCCCGCCGGGCCGGGCUCGGCCCACUCCCGCCGCCGCCGGAGCAUGCGCGGGGCCGGGCCAGUUCCGCCGCCGCCUCCGCUCCCCUCAUAGCGGCGCUGCCGGGACUUACGGGAACUGCAGCUGCCUCUCUCCGCGCUGAGGGCCCCGACGAACGGCAGCCGCCACCUGGGCCGGAGUCUUCCUUCUACCCAGUGAGACUGCAUCAAAAUGUCUCUAUAUCCUUCCCUGGAAGAUCUGAAGGUGGACAAAGUUAUUCAGGCUCAGACAGCAUUUUCUUCAAAUCCAGCUAAUCCAGCAAUCUUAUCUGAAGCUUCUGCUCCCAUUCUUCAUGAUGGAGGCUUAUACCCCCGACUGUAUCCAGAACUUUCUCAGUACAUGGGCCUGAGCCUCACCGAGGAAGAGGUGCAGAAUAACCUACCAGUGGCAGCAGCUGCUCAGCCACAGGGUCAACUGGUAACACGACCUUCUACUAAUUACAUGGUAGCUCCAGUGACUGGAAAUGAUAUUGGAAUUCGCAGAGCAGAAAUUAAGCAAGGCAUCCGCGAAGCAAUACUAUGCAAAGAUCAAGAUGGCAAAAUUGGACUUCGCCUUAAGUCUGUUGACAAUGGUAUAUUUGUCCAGUUAGUUCAGGCAAACUCUCCAGCAUCCCUCGCUGGGCUGCGGUUUGGGGACCAAGUUCUGCAGAUCAACGGUGAAAACUGUGCAGGAUGGAGUUCCGAUAAAGCACAUAAAGUUCUGAAACAGGCUUCUGGAGAAAGGAUUUCGAUGAUCAUUCGGGACAGGCCUUUUGAACGAAUUAUUACUAUGCACAAGGACAGCACAGGGCACGUUGGUUUCAUAUUCAAGAAUGGAAAAAUAACCUCAAUAGUGAAAGACAGUUCUGCUGCGAGAAACGGACUUCUUACAGAGCACAACAUCUGUGAAAUUAAUGGCCAGAAUGUAAUUGGAUUGAAGGACCCUCAGAUUGCAGACAUCUUGGCAACAGCUGGAAAUGUGGUGACCAUUACCAUCAUGCCUUCCACUAUUUACGAGUAUAUAAUAAAGAGGAUGGCAACUAGCAUUAUGAAAAGCUUGAUGGAUCAUUCCAUUCCUGAAGUCUAAACUUGCAUCAUGUAUGUGUGUGUAAAUAUAUAUAAUGAUGAUUCCACUAAACUUGGGCUAUUAUACUCAGUGAUUUCUUUCUUCUGCACAUGAGCCUUUCUGGAGGCUAAGAGAAGAUAUGCUGCAUCAAGCAUCUGCAUCUAUAAUGGCUGGGAAUGUUACAGUUCAACAUAUCUUUUCUGUUCACAAACUGUAAAACUUGUAGCCUUAUAUGCUUGACAAAUGUGAAAUUCCAAUUGUGUUACGACUUCUUUUUGUAGGUCUUUUUAGUUUACUACUACUAUAAGCCAUUGCAACUAAAGGAGCCAGAUAUCACUUGCAAAGUUACGUGUUGUUACCUAGGAUGAUGCUGUGCUUUUGUAUGUUUAAGACAUGAGUAUUUUUACUGCUUUCUGUUUGCAAGAGUAGAUUUGAAACAGCGUAUUAGAAGUAUGGCUAGUACUAGUUAAUUCUUUGUUCUAGUAAAUACUGUUUACACAAGAAUGCCAGCUAAGCUCGAUGUAGCUGAAGGCAGCAUUCAGUAAGUAAGCAUAUUAAAGUAGUGUACAGAUACUCAAAUCUUUUUAUUACUUGUUAUACAAAUUGUAACUAAUAUGCUUAUCUCUCGCCUUAACCAUGUUCUUAAGGAUUCAGAAAUAACCAAAUAAAUGAAUGAAACUUC